GCGAGAGGAAGCUGCUGCACCGGAAUCUGAAGAAUUUGAGGUGUCCGCCAAGUCCGCUGUUCAUCGGCAGCUCGUCCCUCCGUACCUCCGUCUCCACUAUCCUCUCUGCGGGCAGACUGUAAGGUUUAGACAAGAAGAAUAAAAAUGUCUCAGGCCGACAAAAUGAAGCAAGGUCAGUUCACCAACCCUGAGACCCCGGGGUACGUUGGAUUCGCCAACCUGCCGAAUCAGGUUCACCGCAAGUCGGUAAAGAAAGGCUUUGAGUUCACCCUCAUGGUUGUAGGUGAAUCUGGGCUUGGAAAGUCCACCUUGAUCAACAGCCUUUUCCUCACUGACCUUUACCCUGAGAGAGUCAUCCCCGGAGCAGCAGAAAAGAUCGAGAGGACGGUUCAGAUCGAGGCGUCGACGGUGGAAAUCGAGGAGCGAGGAGUGAAGCUGCGUCUCACUGUGGUGGACACACCAGGAUACGGCGACGCCAUCAACAGCCAAGACUGUUUCAGCACCAUCAUCAGCUACAUCGAUGACCAGUUUGAGCGCUACCUCCACGACGAGAGCGGCCUUAAUCGUAGGCACAUUGUUGACAACAGAGUUCACUGCUGCUUCUACUUCAUCUCCCCGCUCGGCCACGGCCUAAAACCUCUCGACGUCCAGUUCAUGAAGGCCAUUCACAAUAAGGUCAACGUGGUUCCUGUCAUCGCUAAGGCCGACACGCUCACCCUCAGAGAGAGGGAGAGGCUCAAACGCAGGAUUCUUGAUGAAAUCGACGAGCACGGCAUUAAGAUCUAUCACCUUCCUGACGCUGAGUCGGACGAAGACGAAGACUUCAAAGAGCAGACCAGGAUCCUCAAGGCCAGCAUCCCGUUUGCAGUGGUUGGAUCCAACCAGCAGAUUGAGGCCAAAGGAAAGAAGGUCAGGGGCCGCCUGUACCCCUGGGGAGUGGUGGAGGUGGAGAACCCAGAACACAACGACUUCCUCAAGCUGCGGACCAUGCUGAUAACCCACAUGCAGGAUCUGCAGGAAGUGACCCAGGACCUGCACUACGAGAACUUCCGCUCAGACCGCCUCAAGCGGGGUGGCAGAAAGGGGCCGGAGCCGGAGGAAAUGGACAAGGACAUGAUCCUGCAGGAGAAGGAGGCUGAGUUGAGGCGGAUGCAGGAGAUGAUUGCCAAGAUGCAGGCCCAGAUGCAGAAGCAAGGAGAUGACGACGCCCCACACGCGUGAAAAAUGUCUAGUAUCUGAGCCACUGCUUGAGUUUGACCAGAGAGAUGGAGAAGGUGUGAACGCCGUCUGGUUCUUGACUCCUACUGCUCGCCACUAUCUUUAUUUCAGCUCCACGUGAGGAUCUGGAAUCGUCUUUUAUACGUACAGCAAAGUAUAUUCCAACAGUGUUGUGUUUAUAUAUUUACACACGGUUCUUUUUCUUUGUUUUUGUUUUUAUAGUAUCGUUUUACAAAAAAAAACAUUUGCCAGUUACUCAAAUGAAGUCAUGUGACCCAUCUUUUUUUAAAAUGGUGACGCACAUUUUAUUAGGAUGUUCUGUUCCUUUUCCAUUUUUUUUUCCUAACUUUUGUUGUUAUUCAGAAAACCAAAGUGUUGCUGCUUCCAUUCGAUGGUUUUCAAACAUCUCUUUGCUCAGUGAAAGAGCUUCAUUGGGAGAGCCAGCAAUGGUGAAAACUCGUAGCAGAAACUUUUUAUUCUGUUGUCACACAAUUAUGUCACUAUUAUUAUUAUUAUUUCUGUCAAGAGAAAACCUGGUUUUGGAUCGCCUCUGGUUAUGAGUCGACCACACAAGCUUGCCAUUAGAUAGGCUCUCAUCCUGCUCAGUGUUAAUCAUGUCGUCCCGCUCAUGUGCAUGCUACUACGUCUGGUUAAUAAAUGAAUUUCUAGCAGUGUUGAGGUCAGCUUCUCCCUUUCCCCGUCUCAUCCAGUAGUGCUGUUCUCACGUCAGCGUCGCCACAAACGACUGCCUUCAAGCGUGGCGACGCUGCUUUUAGAGUUCGAUGAGAAAUUAAACUGUGACCUGUAACUUCCUGCAGUCUUCCUGUUACGCCCGACGAAUGAAGGACAAACACGCGAGGCGUCGUGAUGCCUGCUCGGUGCUUUCAAUUAACAUGUUUCCUCCACGUGCCCUCUCGAGUGAAGUCUUGUGCCAGGACUGUGUAGUGUUUCAUUUAAGACGUGUGAACUUCUACCUGUCCCGACCGCCGAGCGCUCGGCGGUCAGAGGUGACCCGACAAGGUCGAUGUAGCCGACGUUCCCCUCACCAGCCGAGAUGAGAGUUCUUGACAUUCCUCUUUGUGCUGUUUUUACCCAACAUUAAAGUACCAAAUAUUGUUCUUGAUGCUUAUAUUGUAAUAAAAGUUUUAUUAAACUUCAAC